AUUUAUUAUUUAAUUAAUUAAAGAUUAAUUAAUAAUCCAAUCCAUUCACCUAAGAGAGGACUGUUUAGUGAACACAAAGUCAAGCCUCAACACCAUCCUUUUACUUCUUCUUUCUUCCUGUCUCGCUUCUCCGGCGCUUUCUUUUUAUCCUACGCACCCCUAUAUUCGCCUUAUCCUUCGCCCUCCUUCAACCUCAGAUCUCUACCUCCACCGUGCUUGCCAUCGACCACUGGUUUCUGCUUCAGCUUCUGAUACUCUGCAAGCAGCUGUAAUCGAGAUUAAAGAAUCAUGAGUUGCUUCAGCUGUUGUGAAGAUGAUGAUAUGCAUAAACCAGCUGAAAGUGGAGGUGCAUACCCGACUCGCAGUUCAGCAGGAAAUGAUGGGGGUUACCAUGCCUCAGAAACUGUGCCCAAGGGUUCUCAAGCAGUGAAGGUUCAGCCCAUUGAAGUUCCCGCUUUAUUAGCAGAUGAACUUAAGGAAAUCACGGAUAAUUUUGGAACUAACUCUUUGAUUGGAGAGGGAUCAUAUGGAAGAGUAUACUAUGGAACACUUAAAAGUGGGGAAGCUGCAGCAAUCAAGAAACUAGAUGCUAGCAAGCAACCAGACGAAGAAUUCUUAGCCCAGGUCUCUAUGGUUUCAAGGCUGAAACAUGAUAAUUUUGUUCAAUUGCUGGGGUACUGUAUCGAUGGAAAUUCACGUAUUCUUGCCUAUGAGUUUGCAUCUAAUGGAUCUCUUCAUGACAUUCUACAUGGAAGGAAAGGUGUUAAAGGGGCACAGCCUGGUCCUGUUCUGACAUGGGCACAACGAGUGAAAAUUGCCGUGGGGGCUGCAAAAGGGCUUGAAUAUUUGCAUGAAAAGGCAGACCCUCAUAUCAUCCACCGAGACAUCAAGUCUAGCAAUGUACUAAUAUUUGAUGAUGAUGUUGCUAAGAUUGCCGACUUUGAUUUGUCUAAUCAAGCUCCAGAUAUGGCAGCACGUCUUCACUCCACUCGUGUUCUUGGAACUUUUGGUUAUCAUGCCCCUGAAUACGCAAUGACUGGACAGCUGAAUGCAAAGAGUGAUGUUUACAGUUUUGGGGUUGUCCUGCUUGAACUUCUGACUGGGAGAAAGCCUGUUGAUCAUACAUUACCACGUGGACAACAGAGUCUAGUGACAUGGGCUACACCUAAACUUAGUGAAGACAAAGUUAAACAAUGCAUCGAUGCAAGACUCGGGGGAGACUACCCUCCGAAGGCAGUCGCCAAGAUGGCUGCUGUUGCUGCAUUGUGUGUUCAAUAUGAAGCGGAUUUCCGCCCGAACAUGAGCAUUGUUGUUAAAGCCCUACAACCACUUUUAAACGCCCGAACCGGACCUGCCGGUGAAGCACCAUCGGCCACGUCUUAAUAACCUGCCUGCAUGCGAGUAUUAUAAAUAUAACCGGGAAAAAAAAAGUAUUUCUUAAAGGUCUUGGAGUAUUGCUGGAUUAUGUUGCACAUGAUUCCAUUAUUUACAAAUAUUUGAUUUGUUCAUAAUCCCAAGGGGUAUUUUUCAGUCAGUGUCAAUUUGUUAUUAUAGUGUCAUUCUUUUUUCUACCUUUUCUUUUUUGUUUAUUCCCAAACUUUUUAUUAUAUAAGUGUUGGUAAAUUAGUCCUCAA